AUGAUUCUUUCUUUAUAUUUUCAUUUAUUAUUCUUUCUUUAUAAUUUGAUCUAUUAUUCUUUCUUUAUACUUUCAUCUAUUAUUCUUUCUUUAUAUUUUCAUCUAUUAUUCUUUCUUUAUACUUUCGUCUAUUAUUCUUUCAUUAUACUUUCAUCUAUUAUUCUUUCUUUAUUUUUCAUCUAUUAUUCUUUCUUUAUACUUUCAUCUAUUAUUCUUUUUUAUAUUUCAUCUAUUAUUCUUUCUUUUAUACUUUCAUCUAUUAUUCUUUCUUUAUAUUUUCAUCUAUUAUUCUUUAUUUAUAAUUUCAUCUACUAUUCUUUCUUUAUACUUUCAUCUAUUAUUCUUUCUUUAUACUUUCAUCUAUUAUUCUUUCUUUAUACUUUCAUCUAUUAUUCUUUCUUUAUACUUUCAUCUAUUAUUCUUUCUUUAUACUUUCAUCUAUUAUUCUUUCUUUAUAUUUUCAUCUAUUAUUCUUUUCUUUAUACUUUCAUCUAUUAUUCUUUCUUUAUAUUUUUCAUCUAUUAUUCUUUCUUUAUAUUUUCAUCUAUUAUUCUUUCUUUAUAUUUCUUUAUAUUCUUUUUCAUUUCUUUAUUAUUAUUCUUUCUUUAUACUUUCAUCUAUUAUUCUUUCUUUUUAUAUUUUUCUUCUAUUUUAUUCUUUCUUUAUAUUUUAUCUAUUAUUCUUUCUUUAUAUUUUCAUCUAUUAUUCUUUCUUUUUUUUUCAUUUAUUAUUUUUUCUUUAUAA